AUGCCUGACAAGAACAGUGAUCCUGUGAAGGUUGAGUCCAUGAAAAAUGGGUUUCUGGUGAUGCCUUUCAAAUUGCCAACCCAUAAAGCUUUUGAAAAGAAUAAUAAGGAUAUUAAUUCGAAUGGGUAUCAUUAUACUUUUUUGAAGAAACAUGAAAGCAAGAAUGAGGAUGAGCAGAAUUCUGUCUUUGUCGUUAAUUUACCAAUUUUGGCAAACAUCGAAAGUGUUAAAAAAGUAGUCAAUGAAAUUUGUACUAGGUAUGAUACUGUAUCCUAUGUGGAGGAACUUUUAUAUAAUGAUGAAUUUGGUUUACAAGAAAUUGAUUUAUCUAAGCUGACCUCAGAUUUGAUGUCUACGGGAAGCAAAGAGGAAUCUAGAUUUACCCCAAGAAACACAUUAUUGAUUAAAUUUGUUGACGAUUCAAGCUGUAAGAAUUUCAUUAGUGCAUUGAAGAAAUAUACCAAAGAAGUAAAUGAAAAAGAUGAUAAAUACAUAGAAUGGGAAUACACUAUUCCGAGUGUAGCGACUUUUACAAAUUUUUAUAAACCAUUGGAUACCGAAUACUUAAAGGAAGAUAUCAGCAAUCACAUGGAAUUAUUUGAAGUCAGGGAGAUGCAAGCAAAGGAAGAUAUUCAAAGUUCAAUAGUGGACGAAGAUGGGUUCACAUUAGUUGUCGGAAAGAAUACAAAGAAUUUGAACUCAAUAAGAAAGAAGAUUUUGAACAAAAACCCAUUAUUAAAACAUGGUACCAAGAUUAAGGGUCCAUCAAUGGUCGAUAAGAAGAUCAAAGAAGAUUUCUACAGAUUCCAAGUAAGAGAACGUAAGAAGCAAGAAAUCAACCAAUUGUUAAGCAAGUUCAAAGAAGACCAAGAAAAGAUCAAGGAAAUGAAGAUGAAAAAGAAAUUCAACCCAUACAAAUAA